AUGAGUAUGGACGCUGGCGGUCUUACUCAAAUGACCUACAACAACAACUUCAAUAAUGGCACUUCCCUCGGUGUCCCGGGCUCUGGCUUCGCUUCACGGGGGAAGGGCUCGCAUAUCAAGCGCUUGAGCGUGCCUCCCCAGGUCGCCACCAUUGAUGAGUCCCAGGCUUCUGCAUCCCUGCAAACUCCGCGCACGAGCCGUUCGCAUCUUCUGGCCGGGCUCCGAACUGCCCCUCGGUCUGCCACGAUCCCCUCGCAACACCAGCAGCAACACCAGCAACAGCGUGGUGGCAUGGAGAGCUGCCGAUAUGGGGGCUACACCAGCCGAGGCAACGAUCGUGUCCCACAAACUGCGACGGGAGCUGGAUUCCCGCAGCACGCAUACACCCAAAACCAUGGAAUGAACGCUCACCAUGCUCGUCCUGUGUACACUAUGCCGGAACAGGUGCUCGCACCUCCUACUCUUGACAUGGUUGGUGACAAUGGCGUCGAUGAGAACCUGUACGCCGAAUUGAUGUCGACCAACCUCUUUUUGGCCGCGCAGCAGCAGCGCCUGCAGCAACAGCUGAUCAACGUUACCGCAGCUGCUCAGCAAUUCCAGGGUCUCAACCUGGGAGGAAUGUCCCUUCCUCAGCAGCAACCCAUGUCUGCGCUUUCGAUGGGUGCUAGCAUGGGAUUCUAUCAGCAGCAGCUUCAACAGGGCGUGCAGCCGAUUGUUCAACCUGUUCCCGGACAGCCUGGCUGGUUCUCCGUCUACAACCCCCUCACCGGCCAACAGAGCUACAUCAUGGACAACAGUUUCCAGGAUGACAGCCUGACCCAUGGCUACGCUGAGAACUAUUCGUCUGGCCAACAGGUUCCCCAGUUCCGUGCUGAGAUCUCUCCACCAGCUGAGUCCGUUAUGUCGCCAGUGCAGACCUCUCAGCCGGUCUCUCCUCCCAGUGGUACACCUUCUCCUCCCACCGAGUCUUCUGCUUUCCGUCGCAACAACCGCAAGGGUGCAUUGUUCAACCCGACACUCAAGACUAACAUCGACACUGUCAAGGCGAACAUUGGAGCCGGGCCUCGCUCUGCUGUUCUUCCACCUACCCCGGCCACUGGGACUUUCGGUCCCGGACAGGCUCGUGCGGGUGAGCAUCCCAUUCGUCAGCCCCGUGGACCGCCUUCCCUUGAGGAUCUAGUGGCCAAGCCGACUUCUAAGCAUGAGGGAAGCAAGAACUUUGCAACUCGUCAGCGGCGCCGUGCUGUUCACAACCUGGUUCGCGCUGGAAUCGAGCGUCGAGGUGAUACUCGCAGCUUCGGAUACAGCAGCGGCGGUACCAACACUCCCGCCAGCGAGAAGGAAUUCACCUUCUCCGAUGGCGACGAUGCCACGGUGCGCAGUGGUAGCCUCUCCAGCAAGCCCAGCCUGGGCAGUCUUCGGGCUGCUGCCAACGGUGCUAUUGGAUCUGAGCGCAAGGAGAAGACCGGCCGGGACCGCAAGUCCCCCGACAGCCCCUACCACAGCGCCACCCCAACCAGUGAGGAUGGCUACUUUGGGUCAAAGUUCUCGGACACUAUCUCAUCGCCGGCGUCUGGUACUACCUCCCCCUCCGUUGCCGCUGUCGUUGCGGGACAGGGACAGGCUGCGCAGCCAACUGAACGGCGUAAGACACCAAUGCUUGUCUUGUCCAGUGCUGAAAAGCGCAAGACUCCUUUGAUGUAA